UACCUUUCAAUUCUUAUGGUGGCUUAUAACAUAGUAGGAUAUAUAAAUGGAAUACGGGAGAAUAUUAGACAGAUUAAAUUCAGAAUUCGAGUCACGUGGAGUGUGUGGUUUUCGAUUUCUUUUAAAAUAUAUUUAAACGUGCUAAGCAGGACGAUGUCGAGUAUUUCUUUACUUGUUCUGCUUGUAAUCGUAGCAACUUUGAAUUUAACGGAAGGAGGCGGUGAUGGUGAACAUCAUCACAUAAUAAUUCACGUGCCUUAUCAUGUAAAAAAAAUCAAGCACACCCAUACAAUUACGAAGCACAUUCAUCACGGUGGUGGUGAUAAAUAUGAAGUUCUAGGAUAUACAGUAGGUCAACCUAUCAAUAUUGGUGGUCACGAUGGUUUUGGUGGUCACGAAAAUCACGGUGGUCAUGGAGAAUUUAAUCUUCACGGUGGUUAUGGUGGACAGGAAAAUCAAGAAAUUCACUAUGGCGGUCAUCAUGGGGGUCACAAUUUUGAACAAGUUGGCAAUGAAAUCAAUCAGGAAGGUUAUAAUUUAGGAGGACACGAAGAAUUUACAUCUUAUGGCGGGGGUGGUGGAGGAGGAGGAGGCCACGAAGAACAACAAGUAUCGGGAUAUUAAAAUUUUUCAAUUAAAAAAAAAAUAUAUUUUACCAGAUAA